AGCUGCGGGGGCGUCUGGCCAGGGCACGUGGGAGCGGCACGGCUGUACCCCUUUGUUGCGGCCCGGCUGUACGGGGUCGGGUUUUGUCCUUCGCCCCUCUUUUCUCCUGCCUCGGAGAAAAGUUUCAGCUUUUCGCGGGAGCGCUCGAUCUGCUUCUCCCCCUGCUUCGCUGUAGUGCCGGGUUUCAGCAACUUCCUCCCGUAGUUCCAGUCUUUAAAGUUCAGUUUUCCAGUGUGGUCAUGUUAAGUGCUGGAGAGUUUUCUUUAUUAUCAGCGCUUCAAAAGUUUUGAAUUCUUUGCGGCGCUUCCCCCCCACUCCGUGCAAUUUUUAUGACUUCUGAUGUUGAGGUUUUGUUCUUUUUGUGAAGAGUAGUAAACUCGUGAAACCAGUUUCACUUUCAAGUUGUUGAUGGAAAUGUUUGAAACUGUAGCAAUUUCUGCCUGGCGUGGCUCUGAAAAUUAGAAGCCCUUACUACAAAGCAUAUGCUGAUUACAGUGAAAAAUUCUGUGUGUGAAAAAGCAAUUUAUUUUAAAAUGUGACUGGUAACUGUUGUGAUUUUCUAAAUCUAAACCUAGUCAAAACUGAAAGCUGAAGGGUAAUCUCUUGUAUUUUAAAUUAAAAUUAUUUUGCAGGUUUUAGGACCUGCAUUGACCUAUUAAUUGUAUUCAACAGUUUGAUUUUGACUUAAAUGGAAUGGAUUAAGGCUAUGAGAGUCUGAUCUGGAGCCUUCAAUGAGAACUAAAAUAAUAUAUUCCCUUAAGAAGGCAAUAAAACUUGGCAGGUUAAUUGUCUUUACUAAUUUUUUCAGCCUAGGCAUCAUUUUGAGGAAGCAUGUAAUGUAGGCUGUAGGAAACUAUGCAGAGGGAUCUUGUCUCCUAGAAACAGUUUAGGUGUUGUUCUUGAGAAUAUGUGAGCUUGUGCACAUGCAGAAAGAUUGCAAACUGGAAGUAAGAGUUCCCUUCGCUGUUCCCUAAAGAACAAGGUGCCUCUGGCAGCAGUGGUAACGUGCACAAGAGUUCCCUCUUAUUGGCUUUCAUUUCUCUUACCUUCUAAAAUUUGAUUUAAUUUUGCAAGGCUUUUCAUAUCUUCUGCAAACCACUACUGCAUUCCUUCAUUUCUCAGAGUCUCCCCUCUUGUGUGAAACCCCCUGGGGAAGAGGCUAUGGACAAAACCAUUGACAAACAGCAGAAACUGGCUUCAGACAAAAUGCUGUCAUACAUAGCAAAUGAAGAGACAGGAAAAAACAUUUCUGUAAUUUUCCAGCAGAGAUUUUACUUAUAAUAAGAGUGGAAGGCACAUUUCCAGAUAGAGCAGAGACUGUGGUGAAGAGAACUUAAAUACUGUGAGAUAUUAAGGAGUUCCUGAAAUCUUGAGGAAGAUGACUAGUUUUCAUUUUCUACUCUGAAAAUCCUGGCAGUGUUGGCAGGACACUGUAUCCAUGGCGAUGUUGUGCUCAUCUUCUAACUUAAGCUGCACACAUGUGCACACACAAACAAGCCACUGGUCAUGCAUGUUGACAGCAGAUGGGACAGGUGACACUGCUGACAGCAUGGGUCAGGGCUGGGUUUUGUCUGCUAUGGCUCAGUGUUUCCUCUAACAAUCCCAUGGGCUGGUUUCAGUGCCUUGAGGAAGUUGUCAGGUUAUGCCCUAUCCUAAAUUUGAUUUAAUACAAUAUAUUUUUUUUUUGGCUGGAGAGUACAUUCAUAAUUAACAUUAUACUGACUUGGUUGUUUUGUUUCAGAACUACUGUAAGUGUGUUUAAAGUGUUUGCCUUAUUGCAUAACCUUUUGUGCUUACUGGGUUUCUGGAGAAUAUUUUUCUUAAAUAAUUGCUUUGGGACAGUGUGGAAAUCAGUUUUCCCUUGUACCUAUUAGGAAAUUCUUCCGUAACUGGAUUUAUUUAGAUUGCAAAGUAGAAUAUAUUAUAAUAAAGGCACAGCAUGGCAGAAAAAGGCUUGAAUGAGAUCAAACAAUAAAGAUGUUCAGGCAUAUGCUCUAGGAAAGGGAUUUGGGAAAUUGUGAUGAAAUCUUGAAGCUAUGAAUCCAAAUGCAAUUUAAGAAGGAAAAGCCCAAUCACAUUACUUUUUCUGCACUGACUUUUAAAUAAAAUUAUCUCUUGGAAAAGGAAGUUGAGCCAAAGGCUUUCUUAAUUUUUCUUAUUUUCUUGCCUAUACUUCACUCCCCUACUGGUGCUUUUAUUAUAGAAUUUCUUUGUUUUCUCUUUAUUUAUUUCCUCCCAAACUUAGUAGAUACUAAGAUUAUGGAAAUAAUAUGAAACAUAAAAUGUUUUUUUAGCUUAAUGAGGGCAGCUCACAUAGGCGUAGUCUUGUUUCAAUAGAGCUGUGUAAGAUAUUAAUAAAUGAAAACUGUCACUCUAUCAAAAUGCAUUUGAUGGAUGUGCCUCAGAAAAAGUACAUCAGUUAAUCUCUUGUUUCUUUCCUGUCUUUGCGGGAAAUUGCUUAACUGUCAUGCCUUCUGUAAAAUUGUGUGGUUUUAUCCUACUUCAGAUUUUUUUAUUAUAGAAAAACUAUUAUGUAACAAGUUUUUUGUAUAUGACAGUGGCAAAUUAGUCACCUUUCUCUCUUUCAGCAUUUGUACAGACCCUAUUGCCAUAGUAACUGAGCUCUUCAUAAUGGUUAAUGUAUUAAUCCUCUGAACAGCCCUGUGAGCUGGAGAGGUGUUCCUGCUUCACACGGGAGUCACGGAAUCAUAGGGGAGCUAAGUGAUUUAUGGAUAACCCCACAAGCCAAUAAGAGCAGAGAGCCUCUCAUUCCUUUUGCUGUGGUAUAAGUGCCUUCUUGAUUGAACUGUCUUUUCUCUGCCCAGCUUUCUCAAAUGAAAGAAUUUUAGUGGAAUUGGCUGCAGCCAUCUGGAAUGUGCUCAUUUGCAUAGAAGAUCAGUGUGGCUGUCAGUGUUCAGCUCAUCAGACUUAAUGAACUCUAAAGAUACCCAGGAAAUUAUAUGUAUGGAUGGCUCCUGUGUAUUCUCAGUGGAUCAUGAGAUAGAUUUUUUUCUUUCUGUAUAUCACAACACCAAAAAUUGGCCAGUUUUGAUUAUACCAAUGCUCAUGUAAUUGGCAAUACAUGGCUCAUGUCUGUGCUGAUACAGCAGUGCCUUAGAAUAUCUGCUUUUGAAGACUGACCUGUGAAACUUUUUAAGCUUGACUUUGAAAUCUUUCCAUUCAGAACAUUCUGCUAUUAUUUGGGUUUUUUUUGUUGUUUGGUUAUUUUUAAUUUUUAGACAGAACAUAGUUCCCGAGUGGAAAGGAAACGCCAAGACUCGUUCGGGAUGUUUGACGGUUAUGAUAGUUGUAGUGAGGACACCAGCAGCAGCUCCAGUUCAGAUGAAAGUGAGGAGGAGGUUGCUCCUUUGCCGUCCAGUCUCCCAAUUAUCAAGAACAAUGGGCAAGUUUAUACUUAUCCAGAUGGCAAAUCUGGCAUGGCUACAUGUGAGAUGUGUGGGAUGGUUGGUGUCCGGGAUGCUUUUUACUCUAAAACCAAGCGCUUCUGCAGCGUGUCGUGCUCCAGAAGCUAUUCCUCCAAUUCCAAGAAGGCCAGCAUUCUGGCCAGGCUUCAGGUAGCGGGUAAACCUCCAACAAAGAAGGCUAAAGUUCUACAAAAACAGCCCUUAGUGGCUAAAUUAGCAGCAUAUGCCCAGUACCAAGCAACUUUACAAAACCAGGCAAAGACAAAAGCAGCAGCUGUCCCUGUGGAAGGUUUCAGCUGGGGUAACUACAUCAAUAGUAAUAGCUUUACAGCAGCUCCUGUUACCUGCUUUAAACAUGCACCCAUGGGGACUUGCUGGGGUGAUAUUGCAGAAGGAGUGCGAGUGGAGGUUCCAAACACUGACUGCAGCCUACCUACCAAAGUCUUCUGGAUAGCUGGAAUUGUAAAAUUAGCAGGCUACAAUGCUCUGCUGAGAUAUGAAGGAUUUGAAAAUGAUUCAAGUCUUGACUUCUGGUGCAACAUUUGUGGGUCUGACAUCCAUCCAGUUGGUUGGUGUGCAACCAGUGGGAAGCCUUUAGUUCCUCCUCGAACCAUCCAACACAAAUACACAAACUGGAAAGCUUUUCUAGUGAAACGACUUACUGGUGCCAAAACACUUCCUCCUGACUUUUCUCAGAAGGUGUCUGAGAGUAUGCAGUACCCGUUCAAAACUUCCAUGAGGGUAGAAGUAGUGGACAAGACGCACCUCUGCCGGACAAGGGUGGCGGUGGUGGAUAGUGUUGUUGGGGGCCGCCUGAGGUUGGUGUAUGAAGAGAGUGAGGACAAAACUGAUGACUUCUGGUGCCAUAUGUACAGCCCACUCAUUCAUCAUAUUGGCUGGUCUCGAAGUAUAGGACACAGGUUCAAAAGAUCUGAUCUUACAAAGAAACAGGAUGGACAUUUUGAUGCACCCCCACACUUAUUUAUGAAGGUAAAAGAGGUUGAUGCAGCUGGAGAGUGGUUUAAAGAAGGAAUGAAAUUGGAAGCUAUAGACCCCCUAAACCUUUCAGCAAUAUGUGUGGCAACUAUCAGAAAGGUGUUAGCUGAUGGCUAUCUUAUGAUUGGGAUUGAUGGCUCAGAAGCAGCAGAUGGGUCUGAUUGGUUUUGUUACCAUGCCACUUCCCCUUCUAUUUUCCCUGUUGGUUUCUGUGAAAUUAACAUGAUUGAACUAACUCCACCCAGAGGUUAUCCAAAACUCCCUUUUAAAUGGUUUGACUACCUCAGGGAAACUGACUCAAUAGCAGCACCAGUAAAGCUCUUCAAUAAGGAAGUUCCAAACCAUGGGUUUCAUGUUGGCAUGAAACUGGAGGCUGUAGAUCUGAUGGAGCCUCGCCUGGUGUGUGUGGCCACAGUGACACGCAUUAUUCACCGGCUUCUGAGGAUACACUUCGAUGGGUGGGAAGAUGAAUAUGAUCAGUGGGUGGAUUGUGAGUCUCCAGAUCUGUAUCCUGUGGGAUGGUGUCAGCUCACUGGAUACCAGCUCCAGCCUCCAGCUCCACAGUCAUCAAGAGAUAGCCAGUCAAGUUCAUCCAAACAGAAGAAAAAAGCUAAAUCACAACAGUACAAAGGACAUAAGAAAAUGACUUCGUUACAGCUGAAGGAGGAGUUGCUGGAUGGAGAGGAGUACAGCUUCCUGCAGGGAACGUCUGACCAGGAAAGCAACGGCUCUGCCAGCUACUAUAUCAAACAGGAACCCUGAGGCAGCUCCCAGGAUUGAGGGGCGCAACAUUGGCGAUAGGAAAAGAACCUUUCUCCAAGACUGACUGAUUCUAUUCCCACUUGGAUGGUGCAGUUCAGAUGACUGUGCCUGCAGUGCUUUGCUAAGUGUAUAUGAAUUAGACUCGGUUCAGAAUUUUUUGGAAGGGUGGGGAAACUAUUUUAGUGAAAAAGAUUUUUCAAUUUAUUGAAAACAAAGGACACUUUUGUGUUGUAUUUGAAGCUUUUGAAAAAAUUUUGUAAUAUUUUCAAGUUCAGAUUUAUUGUGCAUUGUUAACAAGAACUGAAAUUCUAAUUUUUUUGUAAGAUUAAAGUUUAUUCAGCAUGAUUGUGGGAAGCAGUUGGAGGAAGAUGUAGUUACAAAUACAAAUGAACUGUCAUAACAAAUGAACCUUUUUGGUACAAGUUGGGAGACUGUUAGACUCUUGUGAACUGCACUGGUCACGCCUCUGUUUUUUUAAUUGUGAAAAUAAGGCUUUAAAGCCCUGAUUUAAAGGCAUAAAUUAUAUACGGAAGACAGUCCUGUAAAAGCUCUACUCAGUGAGUAGCCCCAGGUGCAACAGAACCAUUGCCUGAGAAAGAUUUUAACUUUUCAAGGUGUUUUUAUUUAGUUUAAAAUACCCUUUUUUAUAUAAGGUUUUUGUUUUUUAACAUUCUUUAGGGUCUCAUUCAGUGCCCAUUAAUAUCAGUAGCCUUGUCUCUGCCAACUGCAGUGGGCAUUGGAUUGGAUCUAUAGAGCUCUUGUCUGUAAAUUAAUGUCUGUACUCUUGGAAUGCUUCAGCAAAUGUUUACAGAGCCCUAUGCCAAACUGGAGCUUUGGAAAAUUCUUAUUGGAAGAUUAGUUGUAGCUCUGAAUUUUGACUGAAGAAGCAGCUUAGAUGGACAGUCACUAAGCCACUUGGUAGUGGGAAUGAACUUGUGAGUAUUCUUGUGAUUUUUUUUUUUUCCAUUCAGAAAGCCCUAAAUGUUUCUUUACCAUCUUAAAUAUUUAUCUCUGAUAGUUCAGAACUGAUGUGCCACAUGGUUUCAGGUGAUCCAAAAGGAGCCCUACAUUGUGGAUUAAAAAUUAGUUCAGUCCUCCAUAGCUUGCAAUAUUCAUGUCUUGCUGCAAUACUGUAACAUAGGAGUUGAGAACAGUAUCAAGAUCACAUGGUUUUAGUCUAUAAUUCAUAAAUUGGAUUUGCCUAUUGCCUGGAAUUCUUGUCUCAUAUCAAGCACCCCAUUGGCCCCAACUGGUCAACUUUCAGAUUUUUACAAGGCAAAAGUCACAUAAAAGGGUGAAAAUGAUGACCGUUUAAACACAAAGUAUUUUUGCAGGAGCUCUUAAUAAUUUGGAUUUUAUCUUUCCAUAUUUUUAACUUCUGUACAUUUUUUAAAUGGAGUUGAUGAGUGAGGUAGUUGAUCAGCCCUGCAGAGCUGUGACUGGAAGAAUGUGCAUCAAGAGCUUUUGCUUUUACCAGUAAGGUUCAUUAACUAAACUCUCAGGAAUUCUAAGUUCUGUAAGUGCUUCUGGGUCUUCACAGGUCCCCUUCAGAGCAGUAUAAUGAUCAUCUGACUCUUGACCAUAAUUUAGGGCUUAAAAAAAAAUUGAUCAAAAAUUACUAAGAUCUGUAUCCUACAGCCUAAGAAGUGCUUUAAGGAUAUCAACCCACAGAGCCCCAGGAGACCAUUUUUUGUAUAUUGUUGUUUGAGCUUAAAAAAAAAAAGUGCAUAGAAAGUUGAAAACCAGCAAUUUGAUUAUUUUCUAAAAUAUUACUCCAGCUUUAGGUACAUAGUAUCGGUGAUAUACACAGGUUUACCUCAUUCUAUGCAAGAGGGGUUGAUUAUGUAAAGUUUUGUAUUUACUACUGGAAGUAAAAAAUGUGCUGUUUAGUUAGGAAUGUCUGGAAUUCUUUUCUCCCUUACUGGUAAAAUUUCUUAAAUAAUGGCCUGUUUUUAACAACAGCUUUUUCUACUGACAGAAUCUGUUAAUCUGAUUACAAGAAUCUAUAGCUUCAGAUGGUAAAGAUAUUUUAGCUCCCUAAAAUAGUCAUAAAAAAGAUUUUGUUGGACCUGGUAGUCUUCAAUAGCUUAUCUCAGAUUCUGACCCAUCCAUGAUGUUUAUUUUGAACAGUCUAUAUUGGAGAACUAGGAUUAGACACCAUUUUAGUGACACUUUGAGCCUUGAUUGUUUUCCUAUGUUCUCAAUUUAAUCUGCUGUAAAAUCCAGCUCUGCAAGCAUUUAUUUCAUUUGGUAAGUAUAGCACUGUUGAUUUUUUUUUUCUUUUUUUUUUUAAUGCAACAACUUGCAGGUUGUCCCAUCAGCUGGAACAAGGUUCUCACAGUCUUGCUUUCUUCUCUCAUCAACAGCUUCUGACUUCAGUAGAAAAGAUGUUGCAUUAAUUAGUGUGUCAUAAUGUAGAUGGUCGGGCUAGUUAAUGAGUGAGGUGCAUUGCCCAGUCAACUAAACUGAGUAUUGCCCUGAGUAUUGCCCAGGCUCAUCCCUGAUUUCAGAGUUGGAGUCUUCAAAUGUCAGGAGGGAAAAUUAGUCUUAAAAUACUUCCUGUGUUGGGAGAAAUAUAAGAAUCUGUUCUAAAGUCUGUCAGUCUUUAUAAUAUUCUGUUAUUCAUCAAACACUAAAGUCUGUGAGGUGAUGCAUGUUCUCGGGUACCCAUGUGACUUCAGCAGUUGGUGAAAUGCCUUUUGUGUCUCUGAGUUCAUAAUAUGCCUCAAUUGUGUAAUUGUGAAGUACAGUGACAUCUGUGCUAAGCAAACCAUGGCAAGAGCUGCUAGAAGUCAUUUGCUGAGGAGCAGCUCAGGGAAAACCUGAGUAAGGUGCUACCAGGGAUGUGAUCCCCAGAGAACCUGAGGGGGUGUCCCUGUGGCAGCUCCCUGGCUUUACAAAGCAUUCCCGUGGCUCUGGGAUGUUUCUCUUGGCUUUCAAGCUGUGGUACCUGCCUGAGAGAGCAGCAAAUGUUGGACACCUAAAACCUUCAAUGGGGUCAGACUAAUUCUGGCAUUUGGCACAGCAGGUUUUUCUGACCAUGAGGCAGCCCAAGCCCUGUCCCUGACUUGGUUGCUGCCCCUCUUUUCUUGUUCCAGAUCUUUCUGCUGAUCUUUGAUUAUUACAUUAUUUUCAGUAGAACUCUCUAACCUGUUCCUUGCUGCAUCUGAGGAAAGCUACAGCAGUUAUUGAUUCCUUGUUCUAUGGAUACUAACACGGGUUUCAGUGUUUGUUUUGGGGUUUUUAUUGUUGUUUUCUGUGAUGUGAAUACCCUCCCUCAAUCUUUGUAUGAUGGUGCUAAUACAUUUGGUAACAAUCCUUUAUUGGGUAGGGAUUUUUUAAAACUGUGAUUUCAGCUGAAUUUUUCUUCCUUUUGAUUUUUUUUCAUAUUUAAAAUGAAAAGCCACAACCAUUUAUACAAAAAAGGCAUCAGCUUUGGCCCCUGGGAAAAUGUUGGGGCAGGAAUCAAGAAUAAACAAAUGGGUUUUUACAUAAUUUCUGUAUGUAUUUGAUAUAUAGAUCAAUAUCUGUACAAAUUUAAUCUUUUAUUUUCUUGGUAAUUUGUGUGGUCAGUGAGAGAGUAUUUAAAGCUUUCUCAUGCAAUGUACAUAACUCAGUGAAAAAAUGCUUUUGGAAAAAUUAAUGUUACUUUCAUUUUUACAAAACUGCAGAUUUUCAGCAUGGAUGUGAAAAGCAUUAAAAUCAUAACUUUGUGUACAAGAUGAAAAUAAUUCACUAAAUUUGCCUUUUUUACACAAAAUAAAAAUUAUUAAAAGUA